UCCUCUAAUUCCCUCUCACUUGAUCAGCAUCCAUUCCAUUGCUUAAUGACCUUCAGCAACUUGAUUGAUGCAUCCACCAUCCCCUCUCGUCUCCUCCUAGUUUGUCUUCUGCCUAUCUUCCUUCUGCCCACCGUCAAAGAUUAUCAUCUCCACUGCAUUAGCUGUGAUGAUGGGCCCAGAUCAGAUGCAGCAAGACCAGCGACGACCUCCAUCUCUUCCUUCCUCUCUCCCUCAACAACCCCCAUUUCCACCAGAUUAGCAGUGACCAUGAUUCCAGAUCAGGUGUGGCCAGACCAGUGACGACCUCCAUCUCUGACGCUCAAGGGAUAUGGAGUUCUGCAAUUUGUAGUUAUUCUGUGAUUUGGGGUUCUGCAACAAGAUCACCAGCAACAAGAUCUGGAAUUCUGCGAUUGUUCCUCUUGUUCUCACAUCGAUGGCCUUGUAUAUAUGGAUCUGAGUGUUCUCUGGACAAACCUCCUCUUCUUUGACUGAAGUGCCCAUGGUGACUCAGUAUGGAACCAGCUACUGCUUUCCAGCCCCAGUGAUUCCUCAGGAACCAGCUGUCAUUGAUCCUCGAUCCUCGAUCCUCCUUUGCCUUUUUAUUUUUGGUGAUUUGUAAAGUCAAAUGGAGAUAUCAUUAUUAAAAGAACUUCUCAAUAACAUAUCUUUGUUUUUCCAUUUAUCAUCUUGCAAAAACAUCGAUUCUGAGCCAGUUCGGAAGUAUUACCAAAGGAUAGAAGAGAUAUUGAAGUUAUUGAAGCCUAUACUCGAUGCCAUUGUAGAUGCGGAAGUAGCUUCAGAUGAAUUGCUUAAUAAGGAAUUUGAAGAAUUGGGACAACUGGUUGAUGAAUUGAGGGAGCUCUUUGAAAGUUGGCAUCCUUUGAUGAGUAAACUUUAUUUUGUUCUACAAGUAGACUCAUUGAUGACAAAGAGUCGGGCUAGUGGGUUGGAAAUUUUUCAGCUGCUGAAAUCAUACAAUCAUCGCCUCCCUGAUGAAUUGAGUCCUUCAUCCCUUGAGCCAUGCUUACAAAAAAUUAAGCAUAUGGGAUAUGAACAAACAUCAACUAUCGUGAGAGAAGCUAUAAGGGAUCAAGAAGAGGGUGCGAGACCCAGCCCAGAGAGUGUGGUUGAAAUAGCAGAUUCUCUGAAUUUAGUGUCAAAUCAGGAGCUUCUUAUUGAGGCUGUGGCCCUUGAAAAGCUGAAGGAGAAUGCUGAACAAGCUGAAAACAAUGUGGAAGCUGAGUAUUUUGAUAAAAUGAUUGCUAUUGUUACCCACAUGCUCUCUCUCAUUAUGAUCAAACAGUCCCAGAGCCGUAGCCCUGUUCCAAUACCUCCUGAUUUCUGCUGUCCUAUUUCCCUAGAGUUGAUGACAGACCCAGUAAUUGUGGCAUCAGGACAAACAUAUGAGCGGGCAUUCAUCAAGAAAUGGAUUGAUCUUGGUCUCACUGUUUGCCCCAAGACACGGCAGACUCUAUCUCACACAACUCUAAUACCUAAUUACACCGUGAAGGCUCUGAUUGCAAGCUGGUGUGACUCUAACAAUGUGAAGCUGCCUGAACCCGUGAAGGCUAUGAGCAUGAACCAAUCCUCACCCCUUGUAGCCCCUGAAGAAUCUGGUGCACCUAGGGAUUCACACAUCCUUCCCAGGGGCAACCAACCACUGUCACCUGAGUCCACUCAGUCUGUAGGUUUGCCUGGAAAUAACUUAAUCUCAUCUAGUGGGAUCCACCGAGAGAGAGUGUCUCCGUCACACCCACGCUCUUCAUCAGAGGGUUCCUUGUCAGGUGUGAUGGGAAAUGGGCAUGGAGUAGAUAGUGGGAGAGUACUGGCAAGUUCUGGAAACAAGGUGGCUAUUUUGGCAGAAACAAGUAUGGAUUCAAGCAGGCAGUCCUCUCCAUCACCAUUGAGAAGAGAAUUUUCCCCUAAUGGGUUCGAUGCUGACUGUUUUCAGAACCAUAAACGAGCUUCAUCAGCUUCGAGCACACUUUCUAAUGUGAGUGUUCCGCCAAGAACACUGGGAGAUCUCAGUGUGGUUUCACCAAUGUCCACGCAUGCAACAGCUUACACUAGUGAUGCAUUGGGGGAGGUAACGUCCGAGCCACGGGCAGCUGCUCCUGGUACCUUGACCACACAGCAGAGAGAACCUGAGUUGCCACCCCGCUUGGAGACAAGAUCUCGGAGCCAACCACUCUGGCUUCGGCCAUCCGAGAGAUUCGUACCAAGGAUAGUUUCAUCUCCUGCUAUAGAAAAUCGAGCUUAUUUUUCAGGCAUUGAAACCCAAGUUCGGAAGCUGGUUGAGGACUUGAAAAGCACUUCCAUUGAUACUCAAAGGGAAGCAACAACAGAACUCCGGCUACUUGCAAAACACAACAUGGAUAACCGGAUUGUGAUUGCAAACUGUGGGGCCAUAAAUGCUUUGGUUAAUCUAUUAUAUUCAACAGACACAAAGACUCAAGAAAAUGCUGUCACAGCUCUUCUCAACUUAUCAAUCAAUGAUAACAACAAAACGGCAAUUGCAAAUGCUGAGGCAAUUAAGCCUCUGAUUCAUGUCCUUAAGACGGGGAGUCCUGAGGCCAAGGAGAACUCUGCUGCCACUCUCUUUAGCCUCUCAGUGGUUGAGGAUAACAAGAUUAUGAUUGGGAGGUCUGGGGCAAUUGAACCUUUGGUUGACUUACUGGGAAAUGGGACUCCCAGGGGAAAGAAAGAUGCAGCCACAGCAUUGUUCAAUUUAUCAAUAUUCCAUGAUAACAAGAGCCUGAUUGUACAGGCAGGAGCAGUGAAGCACCUUGUGGAAUUGAUGGACCCAGCGGCUGGUAUGGUUGACAAAGCAGUUGCUGUUCUGGCAAAUCUCGCUACUAUUCCUGAUGGAAAAAUUGCAAUUGCUCAAGAAAGAGGUAUACCUGUUCUAGUUGAGGUGGUUGAGUUGGGUUCUGCCAGAGGUAAAGAGAAUGCAGCUGCUGCUCUUCUCCAGCUUUGCAUGCACAAUGGUAGAUUCUGUACCACUGUGCUUCAGGAAGGUGCUGUGCCACCUUUAGUGGCAUUGUCACAGUCAGGAACCCCAAGGGCACGAGAAAAGGCACAGUCGCUUCUCAACUAUUUUAGAAACCAACGGCAUGGGAAUGCCAGGAGGGGCUGAUUUUGGGAUCACAUCCUUUGAUGUUAUUAUUUGUUUUUUGAGUCAUAAAAGUUUCUUAUUUGCAGUGUGUAAAUUUGUGUAGCCAAUAAUAAUGCAUGCAAAUGUAAUGCUGCUUGGGGUGUCAGUUCAUCUGUUUGUUUUGCUUCUUUCCUUUUUUUUUUUUUCCCAAAAGAAAAAAAUGAUUUGUGGAGUUGCUUAUCGAGUCCUCUUGGAUUGGUUGCUGUAUGUAAACUCGGAAUAUAAUUUAUUGGUGCAUAUAAUCUUUUUGAA